AUGGUCAAAUGAAACCAAAACAAUUGUGUUUGUGUACAUAAAAGAAUUAUUUUAUUAAAAGAAUUUUAUAAUUAAUUUCGUCAACAUGCCAGAAAUGGAGAUAAAACGUAAAGCCGACGAUUAUUCUGUAGUGCCUGCUAAAAAAACCCGCCAUGAGAUUUCUGUGGUGGGAACAAGAGAAAAGGCUGUUGUAACCUCUAAUGUGCCAAGAACUUCAAACCUCUAUGCUCCAAUAAUGCUACUGGAAGGACAUCAGGGUGAAAUAUUUACGGCCAAAUUCCAUCCUGAGGGCAAGCACUUGGCAUCCGCUGGGUUUGAUAGGCAAAUAUUUCUAUGGAAUGUCUACGGUCAAUGUGAAAAUGUGAUGGUAAUGAAAGGACACACUGGAGCUAUUAUGGAGUUGUGUUUCUCUCCGGACGGGUCUCAUUUGUACACAUGCGCAACAGAUAACACGGUGGCUGUUUGGGACAUACCUACAGGCACCAGGAUUAAGAAGUUAAAAGGCCAUGCUAGUUUUGUGAAUUCUGUGUCAGGAGCAAGAAGAGGACCAGAAUUAUUAGUGUCAGCGUCAGAUGACAAUACAAUAAAGCUAUGGGAUGCCAGAAAAAGAAACCCCAUAGCUUCAUUUGACAGUGGUUACCCAGUCACAGCUGUACUUUUUAAUGAUACUGCAGAGAAGAUUAUAUCAGGGGGCAUCGACAAUGUGGUCAAAGUUUGGGACAUCAGGAAUAACCAGUUGUCUUAUAAAAUAAAGGGACAUACGGAUACUAUAACCGGUCUGUCGCUGUCAUACGAUGGUUCAUAUCUGUUAUCCAACUCAAUGGACAGCACCCUCCGCAUCUGGGACGUGCGUCCGUUCGCGCCAUCGGAGCGCUGCGUGAAACUGCUCUCGGGCCACCAGCACAACUUCGAGAAGAACCUUCUCCGCUGUGCCUGGUCUGCUGAUGGCUCUAAGGUCACGGUUUAAUUAUUUUAAAAAUUAACAGCUAACGUAGCUCACUAAUAUACUUAGUUUUAAUUUACUUUAAUAGGUGUUCACAUCUGAAGCAUGUCAAAUUAACAAAUGAAAAUGACGAGAAAAACCAAAAACUACAUAAAUGCUCCAUGAAUGCUUACCUUAUUUGACACCUCCUACUCCCUAGGCGUAGUCCCAAAUUCAUGGAAGACUGCUUUGGUGCAUCCGAUCACUAAAAAAGGCGACGGCUCAGAUCCGUCUAACUACAGGCCUAUCGCUAUCACCUCCUUGUUCUACAAAGUAAUGGAAAGCAUUAUUAACUGCCUGCUCGUGCGGUACCUUGAGGAUCACCAGCUGAUUAGUGACCGCCAGUACAGUUUCCGUCGAGGUCGCUCAGCUGGUGAUCUUCUAGGUUACCUAACUCAUAGACGGGCGGAGGCAGUGGAGUCCAAGGGGGAGGAGUUGGCCGUUACUUUGGACAUAGCGAAGGCCUUCGAUCGGGUUUGGCACAAAGCGCUUCUUUCGAAGCUGCCUUCCUGUGGGCUUCCCGAUAAAUCGUGCAAUUGGAUCGCCAGUAUUCCUGCAGAUCGGAGCAUCAAGGUCGUAGUAGACGGUGCGUGCUCCGAUUACAAGUCCAUUAAUGCUGGUAUUCCACAAGGCUGCGUGAUAUCACCAACGCUGUUUCUUCUGCAUAACAAUGAUAUGUUUCAAACCAGUAACAUUCAUUGCUAUGCAGACGACAGCACUGGUGAUGCUUUAUACACCGGUCGUGCCAAUAUUUCUCAGGAAAGCAUCGCCGAGUACCGGAAAAAACUUGUCUGAAGUCGGGACUUUGUUGAACAAAGUCUCAGACUAGGGGCGACUAAAUCUAGUCCAGUUCAAUCCCCAGAAGACACAAGUUUGCGCGUUUACCAGCAAAAAAGAACCCCUUUGUCGUAUCUCCUCAGUUUGAAGGCACUCCCCUUGUUGCCACAGCCAGUAUUGGAAUCCUCAGCGUCGACAUAUCGAGUGUCGUGCACUUUCGUGGUCACUUGAAAGAGAAGGCCAAAUUGGCCUCUAAAAAGCUUGGCGUGCUCAGCAGAGCGGGACAGUAUUUCAUGCCGGCAUAUCGCUUGCAACUUUACAAGGCGCAGGUUCCGGAUUAUCAAGUCUCGCAGAUGCUCAGUGGGCAUGGAAGUUUUCGAUAGAGACUGCAUGAUAUGAAAUUGGUUGAAUCUGGUAAUUGAGAUUGCGGUGCUGAGGAUAGGCAUCACGUGCUAUGGUAGUGCGAGUUGUAUGAUGACCUGAGAUGUAAGUGGAUGGACGGAAUAGUACGCAGAAGGGUGGGUCCGGUAUACUACCCGGACCUCGUGGACGGUAAGGAGAGCUUUGGCUGGCUGCGGGAGUUUGCGCAUGGUUGGCAUGCGCGGAGAACAGCGAUGGAGAAGCAAGGACGAAAUUUGCCCGGAACCGAAGGCGUUGUGUGUUCGUCCAGUCCAGAAAGGGAGAGUGACAAUUCGUGACAAGGAAUAGAUUAAAUAACUUGUAGAGAGCAAGUACCGCGUGCAUCUCUCGAGAUUCGGCCCGUAUAACCGCAAGGUUGGUGGGGCCAUGGGAGGUGGAGGCUUGUUCCCAUCUCUGCAUCUCGGCAGGGGCUCCCCAGUAUAGAAUAGAAUAGAAUAAUUUUUAUUCAAUAUACAUUACAUGUGUAAUUCUUUUUUUUUUAUAGGAUAGGGUGACAAACGAGCACACAGUCCACCUGAUGGUAAGUGAUUGCUGUGGCCCAUAGACAUCUACAUCUAUCCUCGUUUUCAAAUCAAAAUGCAGAUGCGCUGUCACCCCUGAGGACUAAGAUGGAAUGCCUCUUUUCCAGUAAAAAGGGUCUCCGGUUCUCUACACUCACUUAAGCUGCUAUUUUACGCUGGUAUUCUGUGAGAGCGUGGUCCUUCCCCGGUCGAGCCGACCCAUUCGUGCUACAACUAUACUACUAAUAUAGCUGCAGCAUAGCUCUACCACGUAAAAGUCUUCUUAAAGUUUUCUCUCUUAUUAAAAGUCAUUUUUUACUUUACCACUGGUUCGAAAAAAAACCUCUGUCCUGGGAAGAACCAGCAAGAAACCCAGCGGUACUUUUUUUAAAUAAAUUUUACAAUAUAAAUGAUUACGAACUAUUUACAAAAUUUGAAAAAAUUUGAUUUAUAAUUAUAUUAAUUAGAACUAUUUAAAAAAAGUGACCACCUCAUUCCCAGGGGUUAUUAUCAACCAUGUAUUCAUUUAUACUAUAAUAACCCUUUUUAUGCAGUUUCAGCUUAAUAAAACAUUUAAACUUGGUAAUAGAGAGAACCUGUACUCUUUCCGGGACCUUGUUGUAAUAGCGUAUACAUUGCCCCAAGAAUGAAUUACUGACUCUGUGGAGUCGAGAAACUGGCAUCACUAGCUUGUGUUUGUUCCUAGUGUUUACAGAAUGUAUAUCACUUUUUUUUACUAAAACUAUCUUUGUUUUUGUGAACAUACAUUAAAUUUUCGUAAAUAUACUGAGAGGCCAAAGUUAAUAUAUUUAUUUCUUUAAAUUUAUCUCUAAGAGACUCUCUCGGUUUUAGAUAGUAAAUAGCUCUAAUGGCCCUCUUCUGUAAAACAAAAAUAGUUUCUCAAUCAACCGCAUUUCCCCAUAGCAAAAUCCCAGCCUCCUUUGCGUCGAGAGUGAUGCCAAGAAAAACAGUGGAUACAACAGGGCUCAAUUCCUCCCCAUUUAAAAACACAUUGGUAUUCAGAUUUUUAACAUUCGUUGUUGUAAAUUUAACACAAUUAGUUUUAUUUCCGUUCAAAUGCAGAUUAUUAACGUUAAACCAAUGCACUAAUUUUGAUAUAGCAUUAUUAACUUCGUCACAUUUAAAUGAUUGACGUUUAAGAUUAAAAAUCAAGGAAGUAUCAUCAGCAAAUAAUACUAUAUCAUGACUAUCCCCUACAAGGUGAGGUAAGUCAUUAAUAUACACCAGAAACAGGAAUGGGCCGAGAAUCGAGCCCUGAGGAACACCCAUUAGUACAAGUGAACUUUUACCAUUGAUAAUAACCUUCUGCUUUCUAUUACUUAAAUAUGAAAUAAUAAGUUUAAGCGCUGUGUUCUUGACACCAUAGUACUGUAGCUUCCUGAUUAAUGUCUCAUGGCGAACACAGUCGAAGGCCUUGGAAAGGUCACAAAAUGUACCCAAUGCAUCCUCUGAAUUCUCCCAUGCACAAAAUAUAUGUUUAAUAAGCUCAACUCCAGCGUCAGUUGUUGAGCGACCCCUGGUAAAACCGAAUUGAUUUUUAUGUAGCAAAGUCGACGAACGAGUCCUUUCCGAUUGGCUUGACUCACUGGCACUGCGUAGAGAUGUUGCAUCUCUGCGUAUUUUAUCGCAUGUACCACGGGGAGUGCUCUGAGGAAUUGUUCGGACUAAUUCCAUUCAUCCAGGACUCAUUCCAUCACACGGACUACACCAUUUCACCAUCGCACAUCGCGACUAAACUCGUGAUACCAUCCAUACCAUCUGGAUGAUUGGCGGUCCAUCACUGUGCCAUUUAGAAGAAGUUUUCUACCUCGCGCAACUUCUUUGUGGAAUCGUUUCCCACCAGCGAUUUUUCCGGACCCAUACGACUUAGGGACCUUAAAGAAAAAAGUGUACUCGUUUUUAAAAGGCCGGCAACGCAUCUGCAAUUCCCCUGGUAUUGCGGUUGUUCAUGUGCGGCGGUAGUCACUUACCAUCAGGUGAGCCGCAUGCUCGUUUGCCUCCUCUCCUAUAAAUAAAACCCGGAGCAGCAGGUUAAUUAAAGUAUACCAAUCAUCUCCAGGUGGCGGCAGGCUCAUCAGACCGCUUCCUGUACAUCUGGGACACGACAUCCCGCCGAGUACUGUACAAGCUUCCCGGACACAAUGGCGCCGUGAACGACGUCGACUUCCACCGUACAGAACCAAUCGUGCUCUCAGCAUCCAGCGACAAACAGAUAUAUCUCGGAGAGAUUGAUCAUGUAUAAAUGUGUGGACUUUGGGGUGUUUGUGUAAUAUAAAUGGAGUAAAUAUAUAUUUUAAGGAGU